AUGGUUGUCUGUGGGCGCAGCAUCGAGGUAGAAGUACCGGUAGAUGUUAUGCCGCCACCUCAAGACUCGGACCUUAAAGAUGCGAAAAGCUCACAUCUCCGCUCCAAAGCAACAAUCAAUCGUUUGAGAAUGUAUAAGAGCUUCAAGCCUAUACGAGACAAAGACGGGACGAUCCUUAAGCAGCUCGGCUCCAAAGCAUGGCGGUUAAAAUCUGGCGCUGUCGCACGAGUUGAACCAAACAGAAAAUGGUUUGGAAACACCAGAAUUGUCGGACAGGACCAGUUACAGAAGUUCCAAGAAAAUUUGGGAAAAGUUAUGCGAGAUCCUUUCCAGGUAGUAAUGAAACAAACAAAACUUCCCAUCAGUCUGCUACAGGAAAAGGCCAAGCAACAGCGUGUUCACGUAACUGAUACGGAGUCUUGA